UGCUGAUGGGGACUUUCUGACCUACUGGCUCAUUCGAGGACCCCUCCUGCUGCCUUGGGUUGCAUCUCAGCUCCAGGCUGUAAGAAAAUUGGGAGGAUUACCAAAGCAGGAUGGAUCCAGACAGUGACCAACCCCUGAACAACCAUGAUAUCACUGCCUUCCACAAACCCCGAAGGCCCCUGGAGACCUUCAAAAAGGUGGGGAUCCCCAUCAUAGCCGUGCUGCUGAGCCUGGCGGCCAUCGCGACUAUAGCCAUCCUCAUCAAGGUGGUUCUGGACAAGUUCUAUUUCAUCUGUGGAAGUCCUCUGGCCUUCAUUCCGAGGGAGCAGAUAUGUGACGGCCACCUUGACUGUGCCUUGGGGGAAGAUGAGGAACACUGUGUCAAGAACUUCCCAGAGAAGCCUGGAGUGACAGUCCGACUCUCCAAGGAUCGAUCAACCCUGCAGGUGCUAGAUGCAACCACAGGGACCUGGGCCUCUGUCUGUUUUGACAACUUCACAGAAGCACUGGCCAAGACAGCCUGCAGACAGAUGGGCUAUGACAGCCAGCCCACUUUCAGAGCAGUGAAGAUUGGCCCAGACCAGAAUCUCUCUGUAGUUCAAGUCACAGGAAACAACCAGGAACUUCAGAUGCAGAAUGGAAGUGGGACCUGCCUUUCCCUGGUUUCCCUGAGCUGCCUCGAAUGUGGAAGGAGCUUGAAGACUCCUCGUGUGGUGGGCGGGGUGGAGGCCUCUGUGGACUCUUGGCCGUGGCAGGUCAGCAUCCAGUACGACAGGCAGCACACCUGUGGUGGGAGCAUCCUGGAUGCCCACUGGAUCCUCACAGCAGCCCACUGCUUCAGGAAGUAUCUUGAUGUGACCAACUGGAAGGUGAGGGCCGGCUCAGAGAAACUGGGCCACUCUCCAUCCUUGCCUGUGGCCAAGAUCUUUGUCACCGAACACAAUGCCCUAUACCCCAAAGAGAAGGACAUUGCCCUCAUCAAGCUCCAGGUGCCACUCACAUUCUCAGACACUGUCAGGCCCAUCUGCCUGCCCUUCUCUGAUGAAGAACUCAUCCCAGGCACACCACUCUGGGUCAUUGGAUGGGGCUUCACAGAGCAAAAUGGAGGGGAGAUGUCUGACGUGCUGCUGCAGGCGUCCGUCCAGGUCAUUGAUAGUGCACGGUGCAAUGCGGAGGAUGCCUAUCAGGGGGAAGUCACUGCUGAGAUGGUGUGUGCAGGUACCCCAGAAGGUGGCGUGGAUGCUUGCCAGGGUGACAGUGGUGGGCCUUUGAUGUACCACUCAGGCCAUUGGCAGGUAGUAGGCAUCGUGAGCUGGGGCCAUGGCUGUGGGAGCCCAAGUACCCCUGGAGUGUACACCAAGGUCACUGCCUACCUCAACUGGAUCUACAAUGUGCGGAAGUCUGAGUUGUAACACCACUGUCCACCACAUCUGAAAGCUGCUUCCCCUCAGACCUGCCCACUGCCUGAUCCCUCAAAGUCAGGCACAGGGCAAGAGCCUCUUUGUACACAACUCGUGUUUCCUGCAGUAAUCAAGGACCCAGACACACACUGCUGAGGUGCCCAGAAGAAAUUCAGAUGUGAUAUCUCAGCCACCCAUGCUUCUCCUAUAACCACAGGGAGACUUGAAGUCCACUGAGGGAAGCCAGAUCAUUGACUCAAUUCUCAGAUGUGUUAUUCAGCCAAGGAGGCUUUCUAUUCCACUGGAUGGAAGUCAGCUCUGUCCUGAGAGCCCAUAUCACUAAGGGCAGAGUCAAGGAGAAAAAGAUCUAAGAGGCCGUUGUCUUCUUUGCCCAUUCCUAAAACCACUGCAGUAGGAAACUAUCAGUUCUGGUGUAAGAUGUAGUCGACUGUUGUCUGUUUUGUAACUGUUACCACAUACCAUUGCGUUAAUGGUCAUUAAACAG